GACUCAAGCGUGUAAUGGUCUCUGGCUAUCUAAGAAGACUCUGCUGUUGGAUUGUGCCUCACUGCCAGGAAACGGGCGCCGGAAGGUUCUCUGACGAGAUCUCGCUUUCUUCGGGCGGUAACGGCGUGCACAGGUCGGGAAGGGGUGGUGGGGGAAGCGGAACAGCUCCGAACCAUGCUAGGGAACCGUGGGUCCGUCUGUGAAGAGGCCCAGCUUCGCGGGACCGCGGUUCGAGCCUGCGCUGGGCGGUGGUCUUGUGACGGACGGAAAACUACAUUUCCCAGCAUUCUUGCGGUGCCAGAACUACCUUGCCCGAAAGCCUGAGCGAGUUCGCCCCGUCUUAACUCCUCCUCCCGCCAAUCGGAAAACUCUGAGGCCAUGAGGAUUGGCUGGGCUUGGAGGCUCCUGCGUUCUGAAGGCGUAGCGGGCCGCUGGGUAUCAACCCCCCGAGGGCGUUCCUCGCCGGUCGUGCGGAGAGACUUCUUCACCACCACAACCAAGGAAGGAUAUGAUAGGAGGCCAGUGGACAUAACUCCUUUAGAACAAAGGAAAUUAACUUUUGAUACCCAUGCAUUGAUUCAAGACUUGGAAACUCAUGGAUUUGACAAAACACAAGCAGAAACAAUUGUAUCAGCACUAUCCAUGUUAUCAAAUGUCAGCCUGGAUACUAUCUAUAAGGAGAUGGUCACUCAAACUCAACAGGAAAUAACAGUACAACAGCUAAUGGCUCACUUGGACUCCAUCAGGAAAGACAUGGUCAUUCUAGAGAAAAGUGAAUUUGCAAAUCUAAGAGCAGAGAAUGAGAAAAUGAAAAUUGAAUUAGACCAAGUUAAACAACAACUAAUAAAUGAAACCAGUCGAAUCAGAGCGGAUAAUAAACUAGACAUCAAUCUAGAAAGGAGCAGAGUAACAGAUAUGUUUACAGAUCAAGAAAAGCAACUUAUGGAAGCAACCACAGAGUUUACCAGAAAGGAUACCCAAACCAAAAGUAUUAUUUCAGAGACCAGUAAUAAAAUUGACACUGAAAUUGCUUCCUUAAAAACACUGAUGGAGUCUAACAAACUUGAGACAAUUCGUUAUCUUGCAGCCUCAGUGUUCACUUGCUUGGCGAUAGCUUUGGGAAUUUAUAGAAUCUGGAAGUAACAGUGAAACUACUGUUUAAUGCUCCUGCUUCUGCUGUUGACUUCUUAGAACAUUAAACCAGGAUAGAUUUACUUUGAACAUUGUCAGUUACAGCAGAAACGUACUUCAACAAGAUUAUUCAAAAGAUAUGGACUAAAGAAAAGUGUUUCAGAAUGGGAAAA